AUGGAUGUUCCAACCACCCCUCUUCCUGCCGGUAACAGUGGCACCAAGAUCACCACCGAUCCUCGUUCAAAGCAGCGCAUCGAAGAACCGCCCGGCCCUAUCACCAAUGACUCGCUCGCCGCCGAGUCUAUCCGCGAAGGUGGCGGCUUCUCUGGAAACCGCGGCGCCGAGCCCAUGGGCGUCGCGGGAAACCAAUCCACAGUAACCAACACCAGCAUCACCUCAUCUAUCAAGCUUCCUUCCGCCCCAUACGGCGCUCGGCGCCAGGACCGUCAUGAGGAACAGAAGUACCCCGAAUGCGUUGUCGGCCAGGGCAAUUUCCCUGGCACACACACGGACAACUCCGGGUAUUUUGGUGGCUCAACUGCGGCCAAGAGAGAUAUGGGCAUCAAGGCUGGCGAAUACUCCGCGGCCAGCGGCAGUGGCGGUGCCAGUCAGACCACAGACGUGACCGACAUUCAAGCGGGUGGCUUGCCCUCCGACAAUGCUAGGAAUGUUAGCUUCGACUCGGAACUUGGUUCCGGCCAGGACCCUGGCCGUGAUGCUAUCAGGCAAUUCCAGCACAGCAAUAACCACUCUGCUCAUGAGUCUGCUCGUUCCCAUCAGAAGGGUGUGGAUACUUAUACUAUAUAUGAGCACUUGCAGAGUGACCAGCGCGCUUAA